AUGGUGCCCGCGCUGCGUUACCUGGGCACUGCCUGCGGGCGGGCCCGCGGGGGUUUCCCCAGGGGCGUCCCCGCCGCGGCGUGCGGGUCCGCGCUGGGGUGGCCGCAGCCGCUGUGCCAGGGUGGCCGCGGAGCCAGCACGAGCUCAUUUGAUGUAGUCGUUAUCGGUGGCGGAAUUGUGGGGCUUGCCUCUGCCAGAGCACUUAUCCUGCGACAUCCAGCACUUUCCAUUGGUGUUCUGGAAAAGGAGAAGGAAUUAGCUAUUCACCAGACUGGACAUAACAGUGGUGUCAUACAUAGUGGAAUUUAUUAUAAACCGGAAUCUCUAAAAGCUAAAUUAUGUGUACAGGGUGCAGCCCUCAUCUAUGAGUACUGUAACCAAAAGGGAAUUUCUUACAAGCAGGUUGGCAAGCUUAUAGUAGCUGUAGAACAAGAAGAAAUUCCCAGACUUCAGGCCCUAUAUGAGAGAGGCCUGCAGAAUGGUGUCCAGGGCCUGAAGCUGAUCCAGCAGGAGGAUAUAAAAAAGAAGGAGCCAUAUUGUAGGGGUCUAAUGGCUAUUGAUUGCCCAUAUACUGGCAUUGUGGACUAUCGUCAGGUGGCUUUGUCAUUUGCCCAGGAUUUCCAAGAUGCAGGUGGCUCUGUCUUGACCAAUUUUGAAGUAAAAGAUAUUGAAAUGGCUAGAGAAAGUCCUUCAAGAAGUGAAGAUGGGAUGAAAUAUCCAAUUGUUAUAAGGAAUACAAAGGGAGAGGAAGUUCAGUGUCAGUAUGUUGUGACAUGUGCAGGACUUUACUCAGACCGUAUUUCUGAGCUGAGUGGCUGCAGUCCUGAUCCUCAAAUUGUACCAUUCCGGGGGGAUUACCUGCUCUUGAAGCCAGAAAAAUGCUACCUUGUGAAAGGAAAUAUUUAUCCGGUCCCAGAUAGCCGGUUUCCUUUCCUAGGAGUCCACUUCACACCCAGGAUGGAUGGCAGCAUUUGGCUAGGGCCUAAUGCAGUUCUUGCCUUUAAACGAGAAGGCUACAAACCCUUUGACUUCAGUGCCAGAGAUAUUAUGGAUGUAAUUACCAAGAGUGGCUUGAUUAAACUGGUGUCCCAGAAUUUCUCCUAUGGAGUCAGUGAGAUGUAUAAAGCCUGUUUUCUCAGUGCCACGGUGAAGCACCUUCAGAAGUUUAUCCCUGAAAUUACUGUCAGCGAUAUACGAAGAGGUCCAGCUGGAGUAAGAGCCCAAGCUCUGGAUCAAGAUGGAAAUCUGGUAGACGAUUUUGUAUUUGAUGGAGGAGAUGGGAUUAUUGGAAGUCGCAUUCUUCAUGUGAGAAAUGCACCGUCCCCUGCUGCCACUUCGUCCCUUGCAAUUUCUGGAAUGAUUGCAGAUGAAGUACAACAGAGAUUUAAACUAUAA